AUGUCCGCGACGAUCCUGCUUGACAGCCGGCACACCCACUACACAAAUCUUGACUUCCUUUCGGGCAGGGUUGUCUUGCAUCUGCCCACUGAAGCUGCGAUUGGAGGUAUCCAGGUCAAACUGGAAGGCGAGAGCCGUACCAGGUUGUCUGGACCUCGCAAUCCACACAAUGUGCACUCGGACAAGAAGAGGACGGAGCUAGAGGUGCACAAGAUCCUUUACAAAGUUGAAACCGUCUUCCCCACCGCGGCUGUCAUGCAAUCUGGGUCGCCCGCAUCCUCCUACACUUUCGCCGCUGGAUCAUAUGAAUACCCCUUCCAGUUCAAAUUCCCUUUCAAUAAUUCAUGCAACCCCAGUAAUAGCAUGCUCACCAACCUCAACUUCAGUGGGUUGAAGGUGGAAAUGGCUCGCGAUACCAGCCGCCACGUCAAGAAGACUCUUCCUCCUUCAUUUGGUGGUUUUCCUGGAAUGGCAGACAUCAAAUACUUUGUGAAGGUCACAGUUAUCAGGCCGCAAUUCUAUAAAGAGAAUAUUCGAGCUAUUGUGCCAUUAAAUUUCCUCCCCAUUGAGCCGCCUCGCACAGGGAAUCCCAACGAGGAAACUUAUGCUCGACGACAACAUCAGUUCUCCAAGACCAUAGAGAGCCGGAAAAAGAGUAUCUUCACAAGAGGGAAUAAUCCCUUCCGAGAUACCCCGGAACCUCCGCGGGUGUCUGUGGAUGCUCGACUCCCAAACCCUUCUAUUCUCACCUGCAACGAACCUGUCCCACUUCGUCUCAUGGCCAAAAAGCUGACAGAUUCACCGGACAUCAUCUUCCUGCAAAUGCUGCAAAUUGAGCUCAUAGCUUACACCAAGAUUCUGGCGCAUGAUCUCACUCGGCAGGAGAGUACCUCUUGGGUCAUUAUGAGUCGGAGCAAUAUGGCGAUGCCACUCGGCAGGUCGGAAGAUCCGGUGGGUACUGAAUGGGCCCUCGAUCCGACGCUAUGGGCCACUCUAUCUCUACCUAACUCCGUGGCCCCAUCAUUUGAAACCUGCAACAUUGAAAGAGCUUACGAGUUGGAGGUUCGAGUCGGCAUAACUCACGGCAGCGCUUAUAACAUGAAGCCCCAACUAAUUGUCCUUCCCCUGCGAAUGCCAGUCAAAAUCUACUCUGGAAUCGCUCCCCCUCAGGCCCUUCUGGACGCCAUCGCCGCCGCAGCAGUACAGCCAAGCCCUUCCAAACCAACAGCACCAACAGUCCCGGACACAAACAGCAGACCCACCAUGCCACUCCGGCCAUCUGGAGCCCCUGACGCAGCGCAAUCUGGAACCACAUAUGAUGACGCGCCUCCCAGCUACGAGGAUACCAUGGCAGAAAACUUAAGCCCGGUGGAUGGACCACGCCGCGAGUAUCACCCACCAGACGCCAGCACAGUGGAAUCUGGAACUGAUGCCAAAUCCCCAGUCCAAAAGGUUAAGGCCCGUGAGGACGGCCCUGCGGCAGACGGUUCUACGCUUCCCCAGGAACGUGGACGUGAACGCCGCUCGUCCUCCGAGUCCUUUGACAUGUUGCCCACCACUCCGCCCGAAUCUAUUUCCGGAUCCCCUCCUAUCUCGCCCGUCAGACGAGCCCAAAGUACCGUGAAAGUUUCUCGGAACCCAAUUGAAGAGGAAAGCCCCCGCAAUACCAACAAGUCGCGGAUAACCUGCCCAAGGUUCAGACUGUGA